UCUAGACUGCUCUAGAAAUAUCUGUCAAAGGUUAAUUCCCUUUUAACAUGAGAUUUUACUGCUGCAUAUCCAUAUGGAAAUGCAUACAUAUAUGUAUAUCUCUCUAUCCACCAGACAAUUUUUUGUUUAAAUCUCCCACUGGAGUUUCCUGGGUUUUCUGUAUUCUUUAGAUGCUUGGCUACUCAAAAGUCAGGUUCAUAUGGAUUAUUUAAUCAAUGAGAAGAAAUUAAUAAUGGCAUUAGAGAAUUUUGGCAUAACUCAGGUUUUGUUCAAGAAUUCUGGAGUGCAGGGAGAGAUGUACAACGAGGUAUUUGCAGAUAACCUCUAGCAAAGAGCUUGGAGCCUGGGGCCUCCCAGAGCUGCAUUCCGGGGCUGCUCAGAGUGUGCUGCAUGUUCCCCUUUGUGUUUGUUUUUCUGUCCUUUCUCCACAAGAGCUGCCUCCAAUCCCAUAUGUACUUGUUUCCCAGAGCAGUCACCACUUAAAACCCAGGGCUCCUGGUGCAUCCACAUUUGUGAUAUGUCAUGCAUUUGCUGUUGCUUUGAGGGAAAGUGCCCUAUCUGAAGGGCACACAAGGUUAACUAAAGUUACAGUUCUAGCGGUAAUCAAACUGAUGGCUCCCCUGAGCAGGCAAAGAAGAAAAAUGCUCCUAACUUGCUGUACUGAAACAGUGUUACUGACACAAGUCAGUGUUUACCGUUAUUCAUAUUCAAUACUUGAGAACAGACCGAAAACAGCAAGUGUGGGUCACAUCAUUCAGUGGACUUAGGAGAUCACUGUUAAUCAGCCAGUAUUCCUAGCUCUUAUCUUCUGCAAGAAAGCAUUUUUAAGUGAAAUGACUACUACAUCCAGGUCAAAACACUGGGCAUUAACAAUCCUAAAAGACACUGGUUUCUUUUACUGACAUUUUAGAGCUGUGAUUUCAGUAGCAGUCUCUGUGGUCUGGGCACAGGUGGGAUGCUGUCAACAGACUGCCUCGUGAGCUGCAGUUUUUAGCCUGUGGUCCCUUUGAAAGGCUCCACGUAAUGGUCCAAAGGAAAAAUGUAUGUAGUAUCAGUAGUCUUGAGCAUUCAAUAUGGAUGCAUUCCUGCUGACUUCUAGUGAUUGGAUUUUCCUGUGUCCUCAUCUGCCUUUGACAAUGGCAAAGAAAGAUUAUUUUAUAAGAACAAACUAAUAGCAAACUCUCCUGCUCCACUACUGUGCAGAGGCUCAGCCUCAUCAUAUGAAGUGUAAGUACAGUUUGAGCCCCAAGCCAUACUGGGAGACAGCAGAGCCUCAUACUGCUUAGCAAGUUGUGGGAGGCCUCUAGAGCCGUGUUGUGUAUCUUCUGGUAGUUAAUUUUGGGAAAGUCAAGGGUUUGUGGGACAGGGUUCUGUUUAAUUGUGAAGCAUAAAUUCAGCAUAAGAGUUCAAUAUUAGAUAUUUAUGAAAACUUCUUUUUUAUAAUUACCCUCUUCUGUGUUAACUCUAGGUUAUUAAAGAUAAUCCGUGGCUUCAAAAAGAGGUGGGAUGUCUGGGAAUGACAGUGCUUUGAGGGAGAGCGUGCUGGUUGCUGCGUGCGCACAGGGCACCGGCAAUGCCCCUACCUCUGGUCAUUCAAGCAAGUGAAGCUCCUCACCGUCUCUUGACUUCUGCAGCCUCAGAUGAUCAGUGGAGCCACUCACUGUUUGCUUUGAUACCCUCAUGGACAAGGAAAAUUUUGUUCAAACGAGAGUCUUCUGUUAACCACCAGCUGCCUGAAGAUGUGUCCAAUAUGUCAGUGUCUUCUGAAUUUGGAAUAACCCUUCAGAAAUGUGGUGUGGUGGAUGUUGAACAUGACCCUCAAACUGCAUACAUUACACUUCUGAUUAAUAACACCAACAUGCUGCUCUCACCAAACAUUACAGAUCUUAUGGUGCUGGACAAUAUCACUGGUCUACAUGUUCAAAAAAACAGUGGUAAUAAGACCACCAAUGGCAUACAGAUUUACAGGAAAAGAUUCUUGCAAGGUGGAGAACACUUUGCAAUCAACUACUCAGCACUUCUUGAUGCAAAAGAAAUGUGGGAUGGCAGGGUCUUGAUGCUGCCAGUGAAGCUGACUUUCAGGAGUUUAUCACAGAAUAAGACACAUCUUGUAUCAUUGACAGCAUCAUUCACCAUAACUGAAGAAGAAAAGACCAAGGUUUCGUACAGCCAUGCUAUUCAUGCUUCAGGGUUCUUCAUUGCUUUUUUUGUUUCCCUUGUACUGACAUGUGCUGGUUUUUUCAUUGUUUACCGAACCCAAAUACUAAAAUGGAGUUUCCAUAGUAAAAAACAGGAGAUAUGUCAGGAACUGAGCCAAAAUCAUAAACUGGAGCACUCUCAGUUUAAUUCAGGUGAUCUCUUUAGCGAAGACAUAAUUAUGAACGACCAAAUCAUCGAUAUUCUGUCCUUUGAAGAAUCUGGUAACAUGCUCCAGGCUUUAGAAGACUUGGAGGUUGCCAGCCUGACACGAGCAGAUGCAGAUCUGGAGGCAUAUCGAAUGCAGAUAUGUAAAGAAGUGAUUGCUAUGAUGAUGAAAAACAUGGUCUUAAGUCACAGCCUCUUUCCUCAUGUGGAGAAGAGGAUGAGUUCAAUUUUCAAAAAGCAGUUUCUUGCAAUGGAGAAAGAGAUUCAAGAGGAGUAUGAAAGGAAGAUGGUAGCUUUAACAGCUGAAUGUAAUCUGGAAACUAAGAAGAAAAUGGAGGUUCAACACCAAAAAGCAAGAAAUGCAAAUGAAGAGGCUGAAGAAUUAAUGAAGAAAAUGAAUGAAAAGCCUGCUCUAGAAUACAGAAGUCUUCUGGAUAGACUUCACAGACUGGAGCAGGAUCGCCUGAAGAGGUUCCUUCUGGUAAAGCAGGAUGAAUAUUUUGCAAAAGCUUAUAGACAAUUGGCUGUUACCCAGAGAAAGGAGCUCCAUAAUAUAUUUUUUACACAGAUAACAAAUGCUACUUUCAAGGGAGAACUGAAGUUGGAAGCAGCUAAAAUCUUAGUGGAAGAUUACUCUAAAAUACAGGGAGACAUUGAAGAGCUAAUGGAUUUUUUUCAAGCGAGCAAGAAAUAUUAUCUGAAUAGAAGAUAUGCUUACAGAGAGUAUCUUAUAAGUAAGAUACAGUUAAGGGAUUCUCAAGCCUCUGCUCUUAUAAAUGCAGCCGCAACCCAGAUAUCAAGUCUCAUUAAUAAGAUGGAAAGAGCAGGUCAUCUACCUGAAAGUCAUUUGGGAGUGCUCAUGGACCGAGCUGAGGCUGAAAUUAAUUCUGUUAAACAGAAAUUCGAUCAUGAUUUCAAACAAGAAAAGCAAAAGCUUCGCCAGAAACUCAUUACCAAGCGAAGGCGGGAAAUGCUACAAAAGCAGAAAGAGCAUUGGAAGGAGCAGUUGUCACUUGGAGACCCCUUCAAAACUUCUAAGGAGGUCACUCACUACCUGAGCCACUGGAAAGAUCUUCUGAGUGAGCACACCAUUGAAUUUGAAGAACUUACUGAAAAGCUUGACAAUGAGGCCAGCGAAGAGCUGAAAGAGCUUCUAUUUAGUCUAACAGAGAAAACUGUUGAAGAACUUAAACGUGUUCAGUGUGGAGUAUUUGUGCAAGAACUGGUAAAGCUUAGUGUGCCAAAGACGCUCCUGCUGGAAGCUGUGGAGGAACAUAAAAAAGAGAUGAUUGUUAAACAUGAACAGCUUGAAAGGGAAGAGUGUGAGAAGAGUAUGGCCGCUGAAGAGCUGCUUCAGCUUACUAGGCAGAAGCUGAGCCAAGAACUGGAAACGAACCUUUUGGAACAAAAGAAAUUAAGGAGCUGGGAACAAUCCGUAUUCAUGCAAGUUCUGAGUUUACCCCUCUCACUAUCGGAAGAGGAAUUGCUUAGAAUGAGGCAAGAGUUGCACUGCUGCUUCUCUCAGCUGGACAGCAGCUUGGCUUGGCCCAAGAUAAGAUCCAGAACCUUGCUUCAGGCUUUCGAGGUGGAGCAGAGGGAGGCAGAAAUGCUGAAAGUUGAUCAGAAUUUAACAAUGAUCAAUAAACAGCAACACUCUAAAAUGAAAAAAACAGGAUCCAGGAAUAGAAAUAAGAUAGAUAUUCUGAAGAAAUCUUUACAGGACAAAAUUUUCAUUUAUGAAGACUCGGUGAACGAGGAAAAUUUUAAUAAGGUUAAGUACGAGUUACUGCUUGAGAAAGAGCAUCAGCUGCACAAUCUGGAAAAUAAACUUGGAGAAUAUAUUGCUUCUUUAGCCUUUCAGAAGACUCUUAAAAAGUCCAGAAUGCUGGAGCUGUAUACUGCGAUCAUAAGUGUACAAGCUUUCCUCUUUGAACAACUGAGCACGUCAAAAGCCCUGUCAAAAUUGGAAUGUAUUCAGAUCUUAGAGGCACAUAAUCCUGAGAUUGAAGAACUUGAUAGGAAGCUGGAGUAUGAGAUGUUGCAUAAGGAGUCAGCUCAGCAGCAGCAGCAGCAUCUGAGUAGGCAGGGAUGGACUCCAGAUGGAUUAGGACUUUCAAGUGAAGCUGCAGAAACAAAUACAGACAGACAGGUGACAGUUCUGCUAAGACAGGCCAUGAAUAAAUGUAGGCAAUUUAUAAGUCUGCACCAGCAAAGCUUGAGAGAUGAGCAGUGGAAUUGCACGGUGCUUGAAGAUCUCCUGGAAAAUAUAGAAAUGGAUGCAUUUUUUGCACUUUAUAGUCAGGAGCUCCGGCUGGCAGGUUAUUUAGCCAAACUGACGAGGGUACCAAUGGGGAUGUUGCACAGGAUCCUGAACUUAUUGCUGCCCUCCAGCUCACAAAGUGAUGUUCUUUCUGUCCUUGAUUCCAUCAGUAAAUAUUCAGAUGGUAUUGCUGAAAGUGACAAUAAUGCAGAUGAGUCUGGCAGCUGUAGAAAAAGGAAGAACCAAGAGUUAUGGCAAGCACUGGAGAACAAAGUAAGGCAAGAUCUGAUAAACAGAAGUUUGGAAAAGAUCCCUUCUCUAAACAAGAGAAAAGACAGCUUGAUAACGAAGAAGCAUCUUGCCCUCUUGGAAAAAGCAUCAUUCAUUCAUCUUGGGUGUUCGCCUACACAGUCUCCUAUAGAACAGUCUAAUCCACCUGUUCCUUUGAACGCUGCAACUGUCGAAGCCAUAGAGCUGUUAGACACGGGAGAGAAGGUGUUUUUAUUCCGUGAGCCAAAUGAUCCAAUACUUUCUUUGCAUAAUUCUCCAAGGAAAAAGAAAAAGAACUUUCUUAAUUCCAAAAAGGCUGCUCGUGCAAAUACGGACUCAUGAGGGCAACUUCCAUUCAAAGUAUCAAUUAGGGAAGAGGAGGCUAUUUAAAAUUCAGUAAAAUAAUAAGAAAGAAGGACGUCUGGAGUUUAAAUAACAUGUGUGUUGCUUUAAUCUCAUUUGUCUGAUAUUGUAAAUAGCUCUAAUUUUAGAAUGGCACAGUCAGCAAUGUGCAUUGUGCGUUUUUUAAUUCUUUUCAGUGUAUGAUGCAGUAGAUGAAAUAUGGGUGUUUAUGAUGCACAUUCUAGCAGGCAGGAUUCAGUGUUCCUUCAGUACAUUUUGAUCAUUUUUGCACUGAUUUUACUGUAGCUGUAUUUUCAUAAUUUAUAUAGAAAGGUUAUUUAUUAUAUAAAGUAAGUACUGAUUUACUAUUCUUGUAUUUAUAUAUUCUUGUAAUAAACUGUGGUAUAGCAGAUAACGUGAAGAGAUAAACUGGAUCACCCACAAGUCCUCUGUUCUCUGAUUUUCUGUUAUUCUAGUUAAUUUACUGUAUAAUGAUGUGUUUUUAGUAGGCUUUGAAUGUUACUUCUGCAGUCUGUGUUCUUCAUAACUGGUAGUCCAAAUCUUUAGCAUAUACAUAUGUAUACCCUUACAUCCUGGAAUAAUAAGUUCAGCUUUUCACUGUUGCUUCUAAGCUUAUUUCAGUUGAACUACGAAUGUGGCUACAGUCCAAAACUGUGGUAAAUAUUUGCAACCUAUUGCAAGUCUUUUUCUUGAUGAACCAAUAUCAUCACACAUCAGUAGAAAAGGGAAAAAAAAAUGUAAAUAGGAAUGUAAUACCUUCAAAAAUUUUUUUGAUGGCAGUGCUGCCAACUGUCCCAAUUUUAGGUGAUAUUUUUGAAAUUCUUAUUCCUGGGUUUCUCUAAAUUGAUGAGAAUAUCAUUUUACAUUUCAAAAAGAGUUAAUUUUAAAAAACUUUUUAGUUGACAGAAAGAAGCCUAUAAGUAUGAACCCUAAAACCAGGAAAAUAAAAGGCUAAUUAAAAGAAACACAUAUAUUUGUUAAUAUUUCAUUAUAGUCAAGCCUGUUUUUUGAACUGUAUUUAAAUGCUAUGCUCUGAGGGUACUGUUGUCAUAUAUGUUGCAAUUUUUCAUGUAUGGAGUUUCUGUGCCUUUGUAUUAAUAGGGUGCCAAUUUCUUUUUAAAAAUUAAAAUGUUACUAUGU